UGAAUGCCUCGAACUGCAUGUUAGUAAGAAUAAGAACACUAUGACCACGUGUUUGUGUGUCUAGUGGCUGAUUAACAGUAUUCUGUCCAGCUUACCAAAAAGAAAAAAUAGAUAUUGUGGCCAGGACAAUGGGAAGGGGUAGAACUUUUAGGAGUAAAGAGAGAAAAUUCGCUCAAAGGAGGCGAGCUAGAGAGAAUAAAUGGGAUGACAAAGCACCAAGGCGCCCAUAUGAAGAGAUUGUACGAGAAAAUUCAGAAUUUGAACAGUAUUACAAGUCACAACAAAUCUGCCCAGAUGAAGAAUGGGGAUGUUUUAUGGCAGCAAUUAAAGAAAAUUUACCAACAGCAUUUCGUAUAACUGGAUCAAAAUCAGAAGCAAGAGCUCUACUGGGAAUUGUUAAAGGGAAAUUCUUCAAAGAUUGUCUUUUAAAUCAUUUGCAACAAGAUGAUGAUAGCCAGAAAAAAGAUGAAAUGGAAGGACAGCAGAAACCCAUUUGUUUACCAUGGUACCCAGAUGGAUUAGCAUGGCAGUUGCAGUUGACUCGAAAGGACAUCCGCCGCUCGGAAGCUUAUUUUCGUCUUCACAACUUCCUCAUAUCGGAGACGGAGUGUGGCAACAUUAGUCGACAGGAGGCUGUUAGUAUGAUCCCACCACUUCUGCUGGAUGUUAAACCACAUCAUAAGAUCUUGGAUAUGUGCGCAGCACCUGGUUCAAAGACUGCUCAACUGAUUGAGUUACUGCAUGCUGAAGAUGGCAGAUUGCCCACUGGUUUUUUGAUAGCAAAUGAUAUAGAUAACAAUCGUUGCUACAUGUUGGUUCAUCAGGCCAAGCGGUUAAACUCACCCUGUAUUGUGAUCACAAACCAUGACUCAGCUGUGAUGCCAAAUUUUACUGUUACUGGCACAGAUGGUUCUCCGGUGAUGCUGAAGUUUGACCGAGUGCUGUGUGAUGUACCGUGCUCAGGAGAUGGCACACUGCGGAAGAACCCUGACAUUUGGUUGAAGUGGAAUACUGCAAAUGGCAACAAUCUGCAUGGUAUCCAGUUCCGAAUUUUGCGUCGUGGUGUUGAGAUGCUGUCAGUUGGAGGACGCCUUGUGUACUCUACCUGUUCAUUUAACCCACUUGAGAAUGAGGCUGUGAUACAUCGCUUCCUUGUGAAAACAGAAGGUGCAGUACAGCUAGUAGAUGUUUCAUCCCAACUCCCUGGCUUGAAGUAUAGAAAGGGGUUAGCUCAUUGGAUUCCAACAUCCCGUGAUAUGGUUGGGUACGCCACUUAUAAUGAUGUUCCAGAAAAAUGGCACACACAAAUUCGACCACAGAUGUUCCCUCCUGCACCUGAAGAUGUGGGAAAGUUCAACCUAGAGAGAUGUAUCCGAAUCUUGCCUCACCAACAAGAUACAGGGGGCUUCUUUGUAGCUGUGAUAGAAAAACUGCGGCCACUUCCGUGGGAGGCAGCUGCCAAAACCUUGCCUGCAGAGGGUGAGAAGGUAGGAAGAGAUGACAGUGGGAUGGAUGCUGUUGGCAGUAGCAGUGAGGAUAAGGUUCCCUGGGGACUACAGAGAAAAAGAAGACGAAUCCAUGGCUACAGGGAAGAUCCGUUCGUGUUCUUUACAGAGGGUGAACCACUCUGGCCAUCUAUCAGGGAUUUCUAUGAUAUUAACUCUCUUCUAAGUCCAACCUGUCUGCUGACACGCUGUAAAGAGGGUAAGAAAAAGAAUAUCUACUUCACAUCUCCUGCAGUUCAUGAUAUUGUUGUCAAUAACCAUCAGACAAUCAAGCUGAUAAAUACUGGUGUGAAGAGCUUUGUUCGCUGUGAUAACAAGUCCAUGCAAUGUGCCUUCAGGUUAGCACAAGAGGGUUUGCAUAGCAUAUUCCCAUACAUUGGACCAAAACGAAAGAUUUCUGUAUCCAAGGCAGACCUGAUCAAGCUUCUUACAAAUGAUGACCCCAAGUUUCCACCUGAGGCUAGCAGCUUGGAUCCUUCUACACAGCAACAGUUGAAAGACAUAGCACAAGGCAGCUGUGUGUUCGUGUAUCAAGUGGAAGACAGCUCUUGUUCUGAUGGAGGCAUUCUGCCUCUGUCAUUGGUAAUGGUGGGUUGGCGUGGAGCUAAAUCCAUGAGGGCAUAUGUAUCUGUCAGUGACUGUGUACAUUACCUGCGGCUCUGUGGUGCCGAUGUCUCUAAGUAUGAAAAGAACAAAUUUAUUAAAAACCCAUCAGUUCCUGAUGAGAAGAAUAGUGACAAGACUACUAUGGAUAAUGAAACUGAUGUUAAAGAUGAAAAGAGAGAAGAGGAGGAAGAAGAGAAUGCUGUACAAGAGAAAGUCAGUGGGCAUGAUGCACCAACAUAGCAGAUACCAUCUUACAGGACAUGACAGUUUGUGGUGGUGGUGGUUGUGUAAGAGAAGAUCUUACACAAAGUAGCGAGAUUAUUGUGGCUCUGCAUUCCCUGGUUGGAUAUGCUGACGAUAGUCUUGCGUCAGCAUUGUGACGAUAUUAUUCCUUCAUUCUCAGCGAUAUAUUUUGUUUCUAUGCACACUGAGGAAUAAUGUUACAAGAUUUGUAUUUUAUUUUAUCAGAUAUAGGUUUUUUAAAAUGUUUUUAACAUUU